AAAAAAAAAAAAGCCUCCCUUCGUUCUCUUCCUUCAUCAAUGAGGCGACUGACCCCACGGCUCCUCUCCCGCCCCCACCACCCUUCUCUCGCGGGCAGCUAAGCUUGCAAUGAUAGGUCUUCGGCCGAGCAGCAGGAGAGGAGGAGAAGGCUAGGGGAUGACACCACAAAGCCACACCGGCCGUGAGCUCGUCCUACCCAGUCAGACCCCGGUGCUGUUCUAAGUCCGCCAAGAGCUCGACAGAAACGCCGCGCCGCCGCCGGACGCACGGCCACGUCGAUCGGGCGCCGGUGCUCCUGAUGGGGAACUGCGCCGGCGUGCAGGGGAACGCCGAGAUCAACCCUGCGUUCAGUGCUCCCAACUCCUCAGGGGCAGGUUCCAAGAACAGCACCAAGAACGGGGGCGAUUCCAGCACCUUCGGCACCAAGGCGUCGUCGUCGUCGUCGGUGCCGCCGACUCCCCGGAGCGAGACGGAGAUCCUGCAGUCGUCGAACCUCCGCAAGUUCACCUUCGGCGAGCUGAAGGGCUCCACGAGGAACUUCCGGCCGGACAGCCUGCUGGGGGAGGGUGGCUUCGGCUCGGUGUUCAAGGGGUGGAUCGAUGAGCGAACGCUGGCGCCCGUCAAGCCGGGCACCGGGAUGAUCGUCGCCGUGAAGAAGCUCAAGCUUGACAGCUUCCAGGGACACAGGGAAUGGCUGGCCGAGGUGAAUUACCUUGGGCAGCUCUCCCACCCAAAUCUUGUCAAGCUCAUCGGCUACUGCUUCGAGGAUGAACAGCGGCUUCUCGUGUACGAGUUCAUGCCGAGAGGCAGCUUGGAGCACCAUCUUUUCAGGAGGGGAUCACACUUUCAGCCUCUCCCGUGGAAUUUGCGGAUGAAGGUCGCACUCGAGGCUGCCAGGGGACUUGCUUUCCUGCAUAGUGAUCAGGCUAAAGUUAUUUACAGAGAUUUCAAGACCUCCAACAUCCUUCUUGACUCGGACUACAAUGCAAAACUCUCUGAUUUUGGAUUGGCUAAAGAUGGUCCUAGUGGUGAUAAAAGUCAUGUCUCAACCAGGGUCAUGGGGACACAGGGAUAUGCUGCCCCUGAAUAUCUCGCGACAGGCCAUUUGACCGCGAAGAGCGACGUGUACAGCUACGGAGUUGUUCUCCUGGAGUUGCUGUCCGGGCAGCGUGCUCUGGACAAGAACCGGCCUCCAGGGCAGCACAAUCUGGUGGAGUGGGCUAGGCCUUACAUCACCAACAAGAGGAGGGUCAUCCAUGUCCUCGACUCACGCCUGGGGUCUCAGUACUCGCUCCCUGCCGCACAGAAGAUCGCGGGGCUUGCGAUGCAGUGCCUGUCGAUGGAUGCACGAUGCAGGCCAGGAAUGGAUCAGGUUGUGACAGCCCUGGAGCAGCUUCAGAAUGGAAAGAAAGCAGGCAAGUAGGAGGAUGAUGAUUUGUCAUAGUGUCCUUCAAAUGUCUCCAGUCUCUACCUCCCCUGGAGCAUCCUCAUCUAGAAACACUUUGAUAGGAGUUAAGAACAGGAGUAGAGUGACGAGGGACUUGAUCAGAGGACAGGCUUUUUGAAUCUGUGAGAACAUGUUGUGUAAUAUAUCUUGCUUUCUGUACAGCUAGCUGAUGCUUCUUUGCUCCCAACUGCCAGCCCGUGGCUUUGUUUUACACUGUUGUACCUUAGCAGUGAAUCUCAGAUAUAUUAGCAGUGCACUGUUAUCAGAUUUUUGAACUGCUUCUAUUUGAACAAUUUGGUGGCAGAAUUGCAUCCCUGGUAUUAUUCAUUGCAGGGCAUGAAUGUACAGCAGAGAAGCCAUGGGAGUAUGGUA